AUGUUUUGGAGUGCGGAUACGAUUCAAAACUUGCCACAUUAUGUUUACUGGUGUGUCCUUGCAGUAGCAGUUGCUUUUGAGCUCAUGGGCACGACAUUCAUUCGCGAAGCGAAGGGUUUUGCGCACCCGGCUGCCGCGCUUAAAGCGUGCCUCUGCUACAGCGUUUGUACAGUGCUUUGCGUUGUUGCGUUCGCUGCACACAUCGAUCUUUCUGUUGGGUAUACCGUAUGGUGUGUAUUAGGGAUUUCUGCUACUGCACUCAUUGGAAAGUACCGGUUUGGGGAACAGUUUACUUGGCUGAAGGUGUUUGCACUACUUCUCUGCGCCUUGGGCUCGAUGAUACUCGUUUUUCAGUCUGAGAAGCCCUUAUUCGUCACGAGCAAGGCGGCGGAUGGACGUGUUGAGGCGAUACGUGCAGUUUCGAACGGAUCUUUGCGGAGUACAGGCGAGCCGUGCUUGGCGACGCAGGACGCGCUUCCGUAA